GUGCAAAUCCAAAAUGGCAGAUCGACGAAGAAGACGUACGCUCGAAGACGAAGGGGAAGAAACAGUCUCUCCAUCUCAGGUUGCAGAGGUUAAACGAAGACCCUCAGAAUGUGAAAGUGAGGGAGAAGCAGCAGAUGGAGACAUUGCAUCAGAGUAUGAGAGUGCUACAGAGGAGAGUCGUGAAGCGGGGGGAGAUGAGGAGGAAGAAGAAGAGAGUGAGGAGGGCAGUGAAGAAGAAGAUACAGAAGAAGAAACAGAAGAGGGUUCAGAGAAUGAAUACUCUGAUGAAGAUGUGAUCAUAGAGGAGGAAGAAGAGCAGAUUGUUGAAGAGAGGCAGAGUGGUGAUGGGGAGGAGCAGCCAGAUAAGGAACAUGUAGAUGAUGAUGAAGACAAAAAGAAUCCGGCCUAUGUUCCUCGCAAAGGGGCUUUUUAUGAGCAUGAUCUACGCACAGGUGAAGAAGCACCACAAGAGCCAGAACUAAAGCCCAAGAAGAAACUAUGGCAGGAUGAAGGAAAGUGGGCACAUGACCGAUACCAUGAUGAUAUGCAAGCCCCCAAAUCCCGCGAAGAACUAAUUGCAUUGUAUGGUUACGAUAUUCGUGCUAGUGAUAAGCCACCAGAUGCACCCCCUCCUCGCAAGAGUAGCAACCGGGGACGAAGGCAGCCACAAAGGAGAGCGAAACUAGAAGAAUAUAUUGAGCCUCCACAGCAUCAGCGAUUUGCAGUUAUUGAUACCACAGAUCAGCAUAGGAAACCUCGUGGAAAACCAAAACAACAGUCAUAUGAAGACUAUGAGGACGAUAUUGAUGUUCCAUAUAUGGCAACCAUUGACACAACAGAGAGCUCAGCUAACCAGUAUCGCUCCAAGAAUCAGCAACGUCGAGGAGGACCACGUCUAAGAAGAGAUUAUCCAUCAUUCAGUGAAAGGUCUAGUGGCAACCCAGGGAAUCGCUUACAGGAUGCAGAAUUCAAAGAAGAGCGCUUUUUCCACCCACGAGAAUCACGUCCUUCCAGAUUUCAGGAUGCUCACCACAAGGAUGUGCCAUCACAAGAAACUCGCUCCAGGGAUGCCCAAAUCCUCAGAGAUCAACCUCAAGAUACAAAGCUGCAAGAGAAACGAAAUCAGGAUGCCUAUAGAAUCAAAAACAGUUAUCGAAAAGAAGAGCAUGCUGACAGUAAUGUUCCAUAUAACAGCCAAAACAACAACUUUGGAGGAAAACGAGGAGGUGCUAGAGGGGGUGUGGCUAAUCGUAUGCAAGUGCGAGAGCAUAAAAUCCGAGGUUUUGUUCAUGGUGAGGUGGAGAGAGAUCAGCAACCAUCAAACAGUGAGCAUUCCAACAGUGAAGUUGUGCCCAACCUGCGAGAGUUUACUAAUUCAACGUACAAGAAUACAACCGUGCAAGAAGGUGGGAAGAGCAUGCAGGUGGAUGUGACAGGUCCCACAGGGGUUAGGGGAACCCAGACCAGCCAGGAUGUUGUCAUUUCCAACAAAGAGAAUGUACAGACCAUCAGUGUUACUAUCACAAAUACCACAACAGAAAGGAAGUCUUAUGCAAAAGAGAGACGCGGAAAAGGUGGGAGUCGCACUGGACUUGGCCAGGUGGCCGUAGAGGAAGUUGAUAGUACCGGAGAUAGCAAAGCCGUCAGCGUGGCCGAGAAUUCAGAAGCUGUGCAGUCGGUCAGCACCCAAGGUUCGGGUGAUCAGAAACCUGCUGGAAACACUUAUGCUUCUGGGUCUAAUGGGUCUAAGCAAGAAGCAAGGGAACCAAGUCGUCCAAAACGCUAUUCAUCACAACGCCAGCGUAGCAUGCCUGAACCAGUCUACCCAAGCACAACUCCACAGCAGGGCCCUGUAGACACUGGAACUAAAUAUUACAACCAGGCUGUGUAUCCACCUACGCCACCUGCUUAUUUCCACCCUGAAGGGCCACCUCCAAUCCCUCAACGACCUCCACCAUCCCAAGAUCCUGCUACCUUCAGUCCUGCUAUGCUACAGCCGCCAAUACCUUUUCACCUUCCAGUGUCUGGUCCUGGAAUGCCAAGUCCACCACGACUCUUUGGCCCCUCUGCAGGUGGUACUCCUCCUGUGUCCAUCAGCAAUGCUUCUCCAACUCUUUUACCUGCCCCAUACUUGGCUGCACCAGGUGUCAUCUACAGUGCCCCUCCUCCACCCCCAGUAGCAACUGCACCAUACCAGGUGCCACUAGCAUACACGUCACCACCCACUGCACCACCUCCAGCAGCGCUCACCCAGCCACCAUUGGCCUCACCACAGAAUCAGUCAGAGGUGUACCGAGGAGGCACAACCUAUUACCCACCUCACCUUCAGCAGCCCUCUGCACGGUCACCUGCACGGCGACCAAAAGUGGCUAUUCCCAUUGUAGAUCCACAAGAGCUGAAAAAGAAGAACGUAACAAAUGGCAAAGUGGAAGAAAGAAGAGUUGAUAGUGGCAUGCAGGAGACCAUGUCAAGUGAUCAGGAUUCUGUGCAACAUCAGGAACUGUCAACAUCUGAUGAGACCGAGCAGUUGGACCUUUCAAAGACUGUCAAAACUGUGCCUGCAGGAGAGAAAGAAGACUGUACAGUCAAUCCUCCAGUCCCAGAAAAGCCCAUGACUGCAGCCUCUCCAGUUUCUACAGUGACUGCUGACCCAAAGAUGUUGGAAUCAUUAUCUACUGACAGUUCUAUGCCAAUCAGGUUUGGUGAUAUAGGUGCAACAGAGAAUGUAGAAAAUGCCAGCUCUGCUGUCACAGUUGAGCAGACUUGCUGAAUGAAGUAGGGGUUUUUUGUUGGUUUUUGUAAUUUCUGCACUCGUCUUUCACAGACUAUCAGCCAAUGCCAUAAGGCUACACAUGCUGCAAGGAAGGUGCAUAUUCAGACUUGUCCAUGCCAUGCUGCCUGCUAUGUCAAGAGAUAAAAGUAACUGCUCCAAUUGUUAUGAAAACUGUAUUUACAGUUGCAAAUAGUGUAGUUUGUUUCUCUAGUGUGCUAUUGUUACUUGAAACUAGUAUAUGCUUGUUCUAGACAUAAUUGCUUAAACUUGUUCAGGAUCUGGUGUGUGGUUUAUCAUUUCAAGUUGAGGGAGACAACGCUGAAGAAAAAAAUACUGCAGACUGGUUCUCCUUUUCAUUUGUAUUGGAUAGACAUUCUUUAAAGAUUGGUGUUAUUUUUUUAUGUUAAUAUACCAGGCAUUAAUAAAGAGUGUACAUUAACUCUUUUUAAACAGUUUGUACUGUUAAUUGUUAUAGCAUUCACAGUGUUGUUGCAUUAGGCACAUAACUUGUUGUGGACUCUAGACUUGUUUUAGGUAAUUCUUUUCAUGAGCUUUUGGCAUAAUUCUCUUUUCAAGGUGCAGACCAUGUUAGUAGUAGUUCUUUCUCUUGAACUGGCAGAGUGUGUUUUAUGGUGACAUAGCCGAGUCUGUAGAAUGUAAUGACCUUCUUUCAUGAAUUAUCUUGCCUUGCUGACUCAGAAAAUAUAAGCUAUCUAUACCAUCAGCUGAGUUGCAUGGAGUUUAAAAUUAUGGAUCUGUAUAACUACAGCUAAGACAAACAUAAUUUACAUUAAUUUAUAGAAAACUUACUUUAUUUAAAGCUUUUUUCUGAAUGUGAUUAGGCUUUCGGGGUUUCAAGUUGCUUUGAUGUAUGCCUUAUCACUUUUCCUCCUCCAUACAAUCUAAAAUUAGCAUGAUUUAUAUUUGUCUUGACUGGUUAAAGAAAGGGUUUUUAAUGUACUACAUACACUUGCACGAACCACUCUGGUAUGUCUUUACAGCUUUGCCUAGUUGAUGAUUAAGCAGAAAUAACCCAGGAAAAUAAUUUCGUUCCUACCUACAUGAACCUUUUCAGUUCCAAACACCAGCCAUCCAGAUUUUAGCAUUACCAUCUGUCUCCUAUCUACUUGCUUCAUUUUCAGCAUAACAUGUGCUAAUUUGGUCUAACAAAAAAGCCCAGUUAAUACUAAGAUUCAGUUAUUCAUUGAGCUGGCUAGACAGUCAUUGUGUUUUUCAGUUAGUUCGGCAGCAACAAAGAUUUCCCACUCCUGGUCUUUGGCUAGUUUUCUUCAUUUACUCCCUUGUCAUCUAGUUCUGCUCAGUCCCAAGCUAUCUUCAGUCUUCCCCUCUUUGUUUUACCUUGUAGAUUUAGAAUUGCUGUCGUGACUACAUGAUUCCAAUGUGCACUAAUUCUUUUAAAAGCAGCUUUAGUAGAGAUAGAUUUUGUAGACAUUGACCACAUGUGUUUGCUAUUUUGUUAGCUGAUUAGUUCAUGUGGAAGGGUGAUAUUUUAAAAUCUCACAGUAGUUUUUGACCUGCUUGCUGGCAAUGUAGACUGGUAAAAUUCAGGCCCUUAGUUUUGUAAGAUGCUGUACGUGAUUAAAGUUUAAAGCAACCAAGGAAUACUGUGUUUUUUUUUCCUUAUGAUACACUCUUGUAUAUAUUUUUAUGCCUCUUCUCUCCUACUUGCACAGGCACCAAUCCUGUAAGGUCAGUGGCUUUCCUGACAUUUAAGAGCUUGGGUAAAGAAGGAGGAAAAAUAAAUUGUACAGCAAUGUGUACAUUGUUUUUUUGGGAAGUAGUUUUGGGGAGACUUGUUUAUGCAAAUUGUGUAUGUCAUAGUUAUGGUGGAUAUUAAAACUGGCUUUGUGCAUAAAGUUCUUAACAGAUAAUAUAGAUUAUGAUCUGGAUUUAGAUCACCAGGACAGCCAGUAAGACUGAAGUCUUAUCAGUAAGUGGUAUUUAUCAUUAUCAAAUUACCAAAAGGUUAGAAUGGUCAUUGCAUUUUCCUGGACAGAGCAGGCAAACACUAAUUCAUUAAUGAAAGACUCAAGGAUGUUUAUACUCACCCUGUGCAUAAUUUUCUUCCUUUUAGCUGUAAAAUGUUUUUCUUAAAGAUAUUAUCUGGCAUGUUAGUAUUAUUGAGUAUUCUACUACUGUUUAUUUGAUUUUUGUAUUCCACCUAAAUUUCUUUGUUUUUUUUUUAAUUCCUUGUAUCCUAAAAUGUUUCAAGUAUUUAAAUAUUAAGUAUUUUGUCGAGGCAUGUAAUUACUGGAAAUAAACAUAAGUUCCCUUCCACCACCAUUGCUACUUGAGUCACACAAAUUUCAACAAGUUUUUAAUGCCACCGGUCAAGUCAUCAAUAUGUAGAAUGUCAGUUAAGCUAUUGAGUUGGUUCUGAAUCUUUCCAGCAUAACAAAAAGGUAAUGCAGAGUAAUAAGUGUUCAGGUAUCAUCUGUUUGGUCUAGUUGUCAGGUUUGUUUAAUAUUUUUAAUAUAAAUCAACUUGAAAUAAACUUUAAAAAAAAAAAUGGUAGGUCUGUAAUGUUACAGAACUGAUAUCAAAUCACUUCUAAUUUAUAUGAAUGUGUAUAAACUUGCAGCAUCAAUGAGACAUGAUUGUCUUCAUC